CGUAUCAAGUCAAGCCGCAUCACCGGCGAGUCAACAUGGCGCCGUUUUAAUCAGCAGAUAUCGAAACUGAUCGCAAAGUGAGGCGUCCUCCGUUCAACAUCCAUGCCGGCGUCGGUGCACCGACAUCGCCGCGUUGUUGCUGGCAACGAUCGCAACGCGUCCUAAGCCUCCCGCACCGUCUAUCCAACCAUCUCGCGAGGCAUUUUGCAGCGAGAGGUGGAGGCAAUGACGUCACGAUGCAAGAGCUGCUCGACGAAAACACCAGUGACAGCGAUGAGACGACGACGACCGACGACGCUAAUCCACGUGUCGCUUCGCGCGAGCAACACUCCGAUUCCGAAAGCUCCGAAGCGGUCGUUGUUGCCGACGGGGACGCGCAGCGAAAGAGGACUAUGACGUCUUACGCGAGAGAACUGUUCUUCCUCACGCUUCUGCUCCUUGCGAGCUGGGCGGCGUUGCACGAGACGGCCAAGAAGACGCGACCGGCGUCGCCUCCGAGACGUUUCUUCGCCAAACAUUCGCCCGUCAAUGACUCCUACAGAGGCCACCUCGAUGCCGAACGGGUCCACAAGUACGACGUCUCCUUGGUCCUCUACUACGCGCCCUGGGACGCGGCCAGCAUGCGGGCCCGAGACGCCUUCGAGUACCUGGCGUACCGGUACGGGAACCAGUUCGCCUUCGGCGCCGUAAACUGCUGGGUGCCCAACGGGCGCUGCCGGAAGCGCCACUCGCCGUCGCUCUACCCGGUCGUCGUGGCUCACGUCCGGGACGUGGGCGACGUCGUCUUCCCCAUGAACGUGACGCCCACGGCGCGGACCCUCGAGGGCUUCCUGAUGCACGUCUCGACGCCGCUGGUGCGCGUCACGGGAGCCGUCGACCUGGCGGUGCUGCUGCGACGUCACACGGCCGUCGUCCUGGGCAUCGUGGGCGAUCCCAGAGGUCGCGCCUACGAGAGCUUCUAUGGGUUCGCGCUGCAGGCCCUAACGCGCGACCCCUGGCGCGACGUGGCGUUCGCCGUGGCCGUGGACCGCCGCGCUGCCGCGGAGAUCGGCGUCGAGCACACUGUCACACUGUUCACGUGGAACGCAUCGCUGGGUUACAGCGAGAAAGGCACAGAUUACAAGACCGCGCUCGAUUGGACAUAUAACAAGGCUCGUGAGGCUCGAACACUUCACUGGGUGGCACCCUCUGGCCUGAAAAGCAGGAGUCUGUCGAAGUUCAUCGAGAACCAGUCGACACUCGUCCUCUACACAGACCACGGCAGCCCAGAAUAUAUUCAGAUGCACCAGCUGUCCCAGGACUACCAGUCGUGUGACCUGAAAGGCCGCUUCUCGGGCCUCAGCUGCCGGACUAACAGCACGGUCAACUUUGUGGCCCUGGAUGGCCGGCACUCUGAGUUUGCACCACCUGGCCUCCUCUCUGAUGGCCUCCCCACUGCCGUCAUUUACGCUGCGAAGGAUGAUGCCCAGUACGUCAUUCGCGGACCCGUGACUGCGCCAACUUUGAAGAAGCUAGUCGUCGACUUCACCGACCGGGUCUUGGAUCGCCAUUUAAAUUCGGUUGGACCGGAUUCAAUUGCACUCGCCGGUAGUGAUGGCCUCAUUGCCGAACUCAGCAGCAAGGGCUUCCGCAAGCUCAUGUUGGACACUACACGGGAUGCAGUUGUCCUGUUUUAUGCGUCUUGGUGUGGCUUCUGCAAGGCCAUCUAUCAUCACUUCUUUGCCACGGCAAGGUUCUUCAGGGGCUUCAAAGGCCUCAUCUUUGCCAGGGUCGAUGCGUUCAAGAAUGACCUGCCGUGGGAGUUCACUGUACAACAGUAUCCUACCAUCAUUUUCUUUUCACGCAAGAAAGCGGACAGCGUCCAGUACUCAGACUUCGUCACGACGACGCGGCUCGUGCGCUUUGUGUUGCGUCACCUGCGUCACGAGGUGGCGAGGCAGCUGGUGACAACCCUGUGCGAUUCGCGUCUCUGCCUCUUGCGGAGUUUGCGGAAGCUUCAGGUCUGGCAGCUGCGCUGUUCCAGACUGAACCUUCCGCCGUCCAAGAUGGCCGAGACACACCGUAGGGAAAAGACGUUACGCACCAUGCUCCUGUCUCAACUACGACGAAGAGGGCACUCAUGAUAUUUGUGGUCAUCGUAGGGCGUUAUUGACAAUAUUGUGUAAAAUUUACCACGGACGCGAACGGCAGUGGUGCGGACUACCACCGUCCCUUUCAAGCAACGAAUUUUCCGAGUGAUUGGUGUGUGUAGCGUGGACGGCUUUGUCUUGUAGCAUCGAACUUCGGCACAUGCGGUGCCGGGUGACUUUUUGGUGCCCGUCAGUUGCCUCACCCCUGAAGAGACGUUUAUUGUCGACAGUUUUAUGUGACGCACACUCGUCGGGGCAUUGGGAAACGUCUACGUUUUAUAAGUGCGUCGCAAAGAAAUUACAGUACGAGUUGAGAUCUUCUAUGCGAAGGUUUCACUGCUGCCAUUCUGUAGGUGGCGCGCACGCGUGGCUUCUUCAACCCACAUGCGGAGAAAAAGCCAUCACCAGCACGAUUGUAUUGGGAGAGUUUGGAUGCCUUUUGUAGUGAAUGUCGCGUUCCACCAACAAUCGUUCCAAUAUCUAGUGUCGCUAGAUUUAAAUUAUCUUAAAAUACGGUGCUGCAAACUUUUUUGUAAAGGCAAGUUCAGAAUCGAAAUACCCACACGCCUGAAUACAGCGGCUGAUUCUCGCACAAUAUUUACUUAGCAGGGGCAGUGGUGUGGAGGGCUUUUGUAUUUCACUGACCAGUAGAAGCUGUUUUUCUGAAAUUGCAGAAAGCUUGAAGAAAUGUCGUGCAAUUGUGUCAAACACUGAAAUGACAUUACUGUUGAAGAUUUGUUUUUCUGUAGCAGCUAACUGCAGCCUUCGCGCUAUUGGCCGAUCAUCGACUCUGUAAUUUUCAAUGAUUUGGGUAAUAUUCAAAUGAAAUGCUUUAUUUUUAAUUACUUCUUCUUGGUAGGUACACAUGUUUAUUGUCACCUAUGUUGAUUGACUGGAGUUUGUUCUGUCAGUAUACCUUGCAUCAUUUAGUCUUUUUAGGAUGAAGGUUUUUUGAUGCCGACUACUAAUUCAACGUUGUUCAUUUGUCGAGGUGUUGGAUUUCUUGGUUUAGAAGGGGUAAAAGGCUGCAGAAAUUGUGAACAUGCCUUCUGGUGUGAAAAAGUUUAGGAUUUAUGAAAUAUCUGCUAAUUUCAGUCAGUUUUGAGUGUGUGCUAGCUAUCUUUUUUUAUUCUGAGCCAUAAUUUAUGUUGUUAUCCUACAAUGUAAUUAUGGAGUUGUAUCGUUUAUGAAGCCAAUAAUUUGAAGCUGUACUUUCUGAUGCAUUAAAAUGUGAGAAAUGGUCUUAACAGCUCAGGAAUUGUGAAAAUAAUGGUAUGCAUGAAAUUCCCGUUAUGUUUUACUUUUAUAUAAAGAGUGCUGUACAAAUGUUCGAAAUCUGAAAUGCAGGAAAAUCUGAACUGUUUGUUAUGGCAAUCUACAACCAUUGUUGGGAAUGAAUGCUGUAAACUAUUCAAUAGUAAUUUUUAUGUAUAUUUUCUUUUUCAACAUUUCAACAUGAUGACUGCCUUGUUAGCACAGUGUACAUUAAUAGAUGAAUCCAUGCUGAUAUUUACAACUGAUUUGCAAGGAAAUAUAAUGAUACUUGAACAGACUCAAAUGACUUGCAUUUACUGGCCUUUAUUGGCAGUAUUGUUUCGUGCAGUUUUCCUUUACAUGGGUGUUACUGAUAAGUAUGAUAUCAGAGGUGAAGCCAUGCAUUAGCUUGGGCUCAAUGAGCUUAUUUCACAAUUUUCAGCUCACGUUAUUGAGAUCUUCAAAUUUGCACGAUAAACUACAUAUAUUUUCAAUACCAGAUUGCUGAAUGAUUGUAGAAGAAAGAAUGAACCUACUCAAUAUGUUUUUUUGAGCUGUUGGAAAAGUUUCUCUAAACUAUAUGUCAGAGCUAGCUCUACCUCUUUUGGGGCUAGUAUAAACCGUUUAAUAGGUGAAACCUCUUUGCUCUGUGACGGUUGCUGAAGCAGAACACUUCCAGCUGGCAUGAACAUGCGCCUUCUCUGAUUAUAGUCUUAAAGGAAUUUUCCAUUUUUGAAACUAUUAACGUGCUUUUAAUACACAACGGCUUCCAAUGUACAUAUGAAUUUAAUUAUGGUUGAAAAAUCAUGCACAUUAUAAUCGCAACCACAUAUUGCAGAAUACAGGGAGAUCUAUUAAAACAUUUUCUUCGCUGAGCUGUUCCACUACACAACUUGCUCAGUAACUAUAUUCCUACCAUUACUUUUGCUCACAACAGCAGUUGAAGACAUCAGGUAGAGUUACAUGAACAGCUGAAGAUGUUAUGAAAAUGUAUAUGUUAUGAAAUGUUAUUAAAAUUUAUGUGCCAAACUGUAGUUAGUAAUUCAGCAUUUAUAAACUGCUGUUUUUCAGAAAUGCUGCUGCAGAAAAGUAUACUGACCACUAAUGCUAUCAAUGAACAAAUUUUUCGCGAGAAACAUUUCAUUUCGUUUCACCUUGACAUUUUUGCUUAUUUCUGUGCCUACCUCAAGAUCGUUUUUGAGUGUUUUUUUAAUGGUAACACUUACCUAAAGACUUCCGUCUAUUUGUGUCCUUCUUAUUUCCUCGGUAUGCUAGUGUCUGGUUGCUGAGUUGUACGCUUUUAAGUUUUGAAGUGCGCCACGAUUAUCGCAAACUGUGAGAAAUCUAUCGUUGGUCAAGAAUGGGUGUGACAGAAGGAUGUCUGGUUCUCAACACACUGAUUUUUCUUUCACUGCCACUGCGAGCCACUAUAAUCGGUUACGACCUAAGAAUAUAUACAAGCUCCGUCCCCAGAACUGCAGCGUGCCUGCCAUUGGUAUGUGCAAGAGAGUCGUGCUACGUGGUUUCCAUUCACACCUUAAGUACUUUUUGGCUGCUAAUAUAAAUACUACACAUGCUAAGAAUUAAGUUUGCCAUCCCCACGUAAAAUAUUACAUCUGGCUGAGCAGUAGUGUCUUAAUGUUUGCUGAAAUUUGGCAGGAAGUGCUAGUUUUCAAGUGAAAACCAGUGACUCUAACAUGUGUCUGUAUUGGAAAAUUACUUGCCUGAAAUAUGCUAAAGGUAAUUGACGUUAUAGUUGUGAGCAAAUGUGAUUGGAUAGGGCAUCUGUGCAAAUUCUCUCUGGUUGGGACAGCAAAAACUGUGGGCGGAGCUUACGUUUAAUUUUAGGUUGUAACCGACUAUAGUUCUCGUCACAUAUGAGUUUACAGUUCACAUGAAUAUGUAAUGGUUUCUGGCUUUACAAAUGCAGGGGGCUUGGAAUGUCAUACUUAGCCGAUAGUUUCUUGUCCACACACACAUGUGUGUGUGUAUGUGUAUAUAUACAUACAUGUGUAUCUCCGUGCAAAUGAAGAUACACACUUUUUACAAACAGAUACAAUUGAUAAUUCAUUAGCUAACAUUGAUUAUCAGCAGUUUUUGUUAAAUGUGUGUGCCUCCAUUUGCAACAAAUAUUUCUUCGAGUUCACCAAGAAUACUUCUUCCGACUAUAUAUAUAUAUAUAUGUCUUGCAAGGUUAUAUUACUAGUUCUUUUCAGUUGCACCCUUAGCACUUGCCCUGCCUUGUGGUUGUUCAUGUCAUGGUUUCAUGUAGAUGACAGGAUGCUGUUUGUUCUGUGAUAUGUUUUGUCUUGCGAUGAUGUUCAUUUGAAAGUGCAGGUAUCUGGCGAUGCCACGUGGGCUUAUAUUUUUUCUUUGUUUUCUUCUGUAGAACUGGGAAUGUCUGCUGGUACGUUGUUGCAUAUGGCACAUGCUUAUGCGUUUCACAGGAACUUUGGUGCCUUACUUUGGGACAUGAUUGCUUUGCAAUCUACACAGAGUUGCUUGGCUGUGGAGUUAAUGACAACAUUGUUGAAAUGACUUUGGGAAUCGUUCAUUGUCUGUCAGUGCAUGAAAUAUAGUGGUGCUUUUCCCAAAUCACUCAUUCAAAGACUUUUCCCGGAGAAGUGUGCUUUGGGCAGGUCAAUACAAAUAAUUUAAGUAAAGUUCUCUCGUGUUAUCGCUCAAUUGCCGAUGUGGAACACUGAGACAGAGAUUUCAUUUUAUAUGUCGACUGAGGCUGAAAUAUUGACGAUAUUUGCUGUGUGG